AUGAAGUUUUCCACUAAUCUUCUAUUGCUUGCCUUGUCUUUGACAGCAAAUGCUACCUCAGAUCCUACUCCAGAACAAACAGCCGAACUGGUUGUCUUAUUAGAAGAUGUUAGCAACAACUUCAGUAAGUAUGUGUCCUGGUUCUUGACUUCUGGUCAAUCUAUUCCAACUGGUAUUGUUGAUGUGUAUAUGGUUGUACGUACCGCUACUGAUCUAUCUUACACAACAAUGUUCACAGAAUUAGAUGUGACUGCUCUAGAAGCUAUGGCUACAGCAGUACCAUGGUAUACUUCUUAUCUGUCCUCAGAAAUCGCUGCUGCCAUCGCUAGUGUGGAUGCCACCUUGUAUCCAUCAACUUCAUCAACUACUUCUGCCAUUACUUCCAGCACUACUUCGACUACAUCUACCACACCCAUCACAUCGACGUCAACCUCCAACAUUAUUUCCACGACAACUUCUGAACAUGAAUCAUCUAGUUCAUCAGAUAUAUCUGCAGCAACUUCUCGUGCACCAUCAGCAGUUGCCUCAACAUCAGCAGUUGCCUCAACAUCAGUAGUUGCCUCAACAUCAGUAGUUGCCUCGUCAUCAGCUGUUGCCUCAAUAUCUAUUAGCUCCUCAUCACCAUCAAAUGUUGAAACCACAGCAGUCAGUUCUGCCUCUAGCACUUCCUCAAAUACAGUAAUCCCUACCUCUAUAGAUAAAACUUCUAGCGCUACCGAAUCCGUAUCCUCUAUUUUGGAUCAACAAACAAGUGAUCUACCAGCAGCUACUACAUCUGGAUCAACCGCUAACCCAUCAUCUAAAGCUUCUGCUUCAUCGAAAUCUACCACUUCUCUCUCCACUGCUUUUGCAACAGAUGCUGACACCAAUUCUUCUAGAAGCACCAGUUUGAAUUCAGCAUCUACUUUAGUUUCUUCUACCAAUUCCCACGCAUCCGUCAAUGGCAACUCACUUUCAAAUUCCACAGCGUCUACUACCACUGGAUCGCAAUCCGGAAGUGUGACUUCUGCAGUAAACUCAAAAAUCGUUGCAACAGCUCAUGUUACUGAAAUCAGUAACAAGACUGUUACAAUUUCAACUGAUUCUGUUAUUGCCACAGAAAUCGACACUAUCACCUCCUGCUCUCAUGGUUGCUCAGUUGAUACCCUGAAAGAGGAAGAAACAAUUAAGACGACUGUAACAAGUUGCUCAAAUACAAACAAUGAUGCCAACAUUGCUACUGCGGUAACUGUAACUUCAUUAACUACUACUACCGAGACCACAUGUGAUGAGAAAUGCCAAUCUUCAAAGUCUAGCGCUGCUUCUGCCACUUCCACCGUUGAAACAACCAAAAACACUAAUGUUGCCCAAGCUACAACCACUAGAACUACCACUAAAUGUGACGAAGCUUGUCAAUCUACAAAGUCCUCUAGUAUAUCUUCUGUAUCUUCUAAAGUACAAGCACAAGCCAACAAUUCUGGAGCUAGCAGUUCAACUUUAACAACUGUUGGUAAAGAUACUACAACUUCAUCUGCACUUGCACAAGCUUCAAAGAGUGUAAGCACGAGCGGCUCCACCAACAACGUUUCUGUUCAAACAGAAAAUGUAGCUAAUGCAAGAAUUAAUAAUCUUAAAGUUGCUGUCUUUGGUGCCGCUUUACUACUACUAUAA